UGAAAGAGCGCGUGUUAGCAGCCCGGGGGAGCGGAGGAGGGCUGGCAGACAAACCCAGACGAGUGAAACAUGUAAGGGAUACGGACAGGAGCGAGUAACCGGCGCGUUAUUUCUAUCUUUCUUUGUCGGUGGAUUGUAUUAGAAGCGGAAUGAACCCUGCAGAAGCGGCCGAGGAGGCGCCCAGCAGCGACCCAGACACUGAUGCCUUCUACAAAACAGGUUCUCUCCGGACUGAAAGCUUAAAGGCAUCCGAUGUUCUACCCAUCCUGAAGGAGAAAGUGGCCUUUGUUUCAGGUGGUCGAGAUAAGAGAGGUGGACCAAUCCUGACAUUUCCUGCCAGAAGUAACCACGACCGAAUAAAACAUGAGGACCUGAGGAGGCUGGUGACCUACCUGUCGACUGUGCCCAGUGAGGAUGUGUGCAAGCGAGGGUUCACUGUAAUCAUCGACAUGCGUGGCUCUAAGUGGGAGCUGAUCAAGCCUCUGCUGAAGACUCUGCAGGAGUCCUUCCCUGCAGAGAUCUGUGUGGCUCUCAUCAUCAAACCAGACAACUUCUGGCAGAAACAGAAGACCAACUUUGGCAGCGCUAAGUUCUCCUUUGAGACCAGUAUGGUGUCAGUAGAGGGCUUAGCUAAACUGGUGGACCCCUCUCAGCUGACAGACGACUUCGAAGGCUCGCUGGACUAUAACCACGAUGAGUGGAUAGACUUGAGAGUGUCUCUUGAAGAGUUUAUGUCCAAUGCGGUUCAUCUUCUAUCCCGACUCGAGGAUCUGCAGGAGCUUCAGUCAAAGAAGGAAUUUCCGGCAGAUGUGGAGGGAUCUCGACGGCUGAUAGAGGAACACACACAACUGAAAAAGAAGGUGCUGAAGGCUCCAGUGGAGGAACUGGACCGUGAAGGCCAGAGACUAUUGCAGUGUAUUCGAUCCAGUGAUGGGUUCUCAGGGAGAAACUGUAUCUCUGGCUCUGCUGACUUCCAGAGUCUGGUUCCUAAGGUGGCCAGUCUUCUCGAUAAGCUUCACUCUACACGGCAGCACCUUCACCAAAUGUGGCACGCCCGUAAACUCAAGUUAGACCAGUGCUUUCAGCUACGGCUCUUUGAACAGGAUGCAGAAAAGAUGUUUGACUGGAUCAGCCACAAUAAGGAGGUGUUUCUUCAGAGUCACACAGAAAUCGGUCGCGGAUAUCAGCACGCGGUGGAGCUGCAAACGCAACACAAUCACUUUGCGAUGAACUCCAUGAAUGCCUACGUAAACAUCAAUAGGAUUAUGUCAGUGGCCAGUCGUUUGGCCGAGGCUGGUCACUACGCUUCGACUCAGAUCAAGCAGAUCUCAGGUCAACUGGACCAGGACUGGAAGAGUUUUGCUGCUGCUCUGGAUGAACGCUCCACCAUCCUUGCCAUGUCCUCUGUCUUUCACCAAAAAGCAGAGCAAUUCCUGUCUGAGGUGGAUGCCUGGUGCAAAGUGUGCAGUGAAGGAGGCUUGCCCACUGAGAUGCAGGAACUAGAACUGGCCAUUCACCGCCACCAGAGUCUCUAUGAGCAGGUUACUCAGGCCUAUACUGAGGUGAGUCAGGAUGGUAAAGCCCUGCUGGACGUUCUCCAAAGGCCCCUGAGUCCUGGCAACUCCGAGUCGCUAACAGCAACAGCAAAUUACUCCAAAGCGGUUCACUGUAUCUUGGACGUGGUUCAUGAGGUCCUCCAUCAUCAGCGGCGUCUGGAGAACAUUUGGCAGCACCGAAAAGUUCGACUGCACCAGAGACUGCAGCUGUGUGUGUUUCAGCAGGACGUCCAACAGGUAAUGGACUGGAUCGAGAACCACGGGGAGGCCUUCCUCAGUAAGCACACUGGAGUGGGCAAGUCCCUCCACCGAGCGAGGGCCCUCCAGAAGAGACACGAUGACUUUGAGGAUGUUGCACAGAAUACAUAUACCAAUGCAGACAAGCUGUUGGAGGCAGCAGAGCAGUUGGCUCAGACUGGAGAGUGUGAUCCUGAGGAGAUCUAUAAAGCCGCCCGACACUUAGAGGUCCGAAUCCAGGACUUUGUUCGACGAGUGGAGCACAGGAAGCUGUUGCUCGAUAUGUCUGUCUCCUUCCACACACACACCAAAGAGCUGUGGUCAUGGAUGGAGGAGCUACAGAAGCAGCUGCUGGAUGACGUGUGCUGUGAUUCAGUGGACUCUGUUCAGACUUUGAUCCAACAGUUUCAGCAGCAGCAGACCGCUACACUGGAGGCUACACUCAAUGUCAUCAAAGAGGGAGAGGAGUUAAUACAGCAGCUCAGAGAUGCAGCCAUGUCCACCAAUAAAACACCACACUGCAGUUCCAUUGCACACAUCCAGGGGGUGCUGCAGCAGCUGGAUGAGGCCCAGGGUCAGAUGGAGGAGCUAUUCCAUGAGCGCAAAAUCAAACUGGACAUCUUCUUACAAUUACGCAUCUUUGAGCAGUACACAAUUGAGGUGACUUCAGAAUUAGAUGCCUGGAAUGAGGACCUGUCCCGGCAGCUGAGUGAUGGGGGCCGCUCUGGUGGGGGAAGUGGCAGCAGCAGUGGGGGGAGCAGCGCCUCCUCUGGCAGCUCAGAGGACAUCGCUCUGGCUGAACAGAGACUCAAACGACAUGCGGAAAGAAAGGCCGCAAUGAAUAACAUGACGUACGAAGUGAUGCAACAAGGCCAAGAUCUGCACCAAUACAUCAUGGAGGUCCAGGCUUCAGGGAUUGAGUUGACUGGAGAGAAGGAUAUGGACUUGGCUGCUCAGGUUCAGGAGCUGCUGGAGUUUCUUCAUGAGAAACAGCAGGAGGUGGAUCUCAGUGCUCAACACAAUCACACAAGGCUGGAGCAGAGCUUACAACUGCGCCACCUACAGGCCGAAGUCAAACAGGUGCUGGGUUGGAUCCGUAAUGGGGAGUCCAUGCUCAAUGCCAGUAUGGUGAAUGCCAGCUCCCUAUCAGAGGCUGAGCAGCUGCAGAGGGAGCACGAGCAGUUCCAGAUGGCUAUUGAGUCUCUUUUUCAUGCCAAUUCUCUUCAAAAGACUCAUCAAAGUGCCCUGCAAGUUCAGCAAAAAGCAGAGAUGAUGCUCCAGGCAGGUCACUACGAUCCAGAGGCCAUUAGGAACUGUGCAGAGAAAGUGGCAGUGCACUGGCAGCAGCUGAUGCUUAAGAUGGAAGACCGCCUCAAACUGGUCAAUGCAUCUGUGGCCUUUUACAAGACUUCUGAACAGGUUUGUAGUGUGCUGGAAAGUUUGGAACAGGAAUAUCGGCGUGAUGAGGAUUGGUGCGCCACCCAUGAGAAAUUAGGAGCUACAACAGAGACGGACCAUCUACUUCCUCUGAUCAGCAAACACCUGGAGCAAAAAGAAGCAUUUCUCAAGGCGUGUACUCUGGCUCGGAGGAACGCAGAGGUGUUUCUGAAGUACAUUCACAGGAACAAUGUGAGUAUGUCCGGGGCUGCCAGCCACGCCAGAGGACCUGAACAGCAGGUCAAAGCCAUUCUGAAUGAACUGCUGCAGAGAGAAAACAGAGUUCUGCACUUCUGGACACUGAAGAAACGCCGGUUGGACCAGUGUCAACAGUUUGUGAUGUUUGAACGCAGUGCCAAGCAGGCUCUGGACUGGAUUCAGGAGACAGGUGAAGUUUACCUGGCCUCCCAUACGUCACCUGGAGACAGUAGUGAGGAAACACAGCAGUUACUCAAUGACUAUCAUCACUUCAGACUGUCUGCCAAGCAAACCAAAGAGAAAGUAAAGCUGCUGAUCCAGUUGGCUGAUAAUUUAGUGGAGAAAGGUCAUGCUCAUGUGUCGGAACUGAAGAGAUGGGUGAGCACUGUGGACCGCCGGUACAGAGAUUUCUCCAUCAGGAUGGCCAAGUACCAGGAGAGCCUCGAGAAGAGUUUGGGGGUCAGCUCAGAGGAUACUAAAGACUUGGAGCUUGACAUUAUUCCUGCCAGCUUAACGGAUAAUGCUGAGGUCAAACUGCGCGACCCCAACCAUGAGGUCAAUGAGGAGAAAAGGAAGUCAGCCAGAAAAAAGGAGUUCAUCAUGGCUGAGCUGCUGCAGACAGAGAAGUCCUAUGUCAAAGAUCUUCAAGACUGCUUAGAAACAUAUCUGUGGGAGAUGACCAGUGGGGUAGAGGAAAUCCCUCCAGGCAUUGCCAACAAGGAGCACAUUAUUUUUGGAAACAUGCAGGAGAUCUACGACUUCCACAGCAAUAUUUUCCUGAAGGAGCUCAUAAAUUAUGAACAGCUUCCAGAGGAUGUUGGUCAUUGCUUUGUUACCUGGGCUGAUAAAUUUCACAUAUAUGUCGAUUACUGUAAGAACAAGCCAGACUCCAGUCAACUGGUACUGGAGCACGCUGGCACCUUUUUUGAUGAAAUUCAGCAAAGACGUGGACUGGCUAACUCCAUUAACUCCUACCUCAUCAAGCCAGUCCAGAGAAUCACUAAGUACCAACUGCUGCUGAAGGAGUUACUGUCGUGUUGUGAAGAGGGUAAAGGAGAGAUCAAAGAUGGUCUAGAGGUCAUGCUGGGUGUACCAAAGAGAGCUAAUGAUGCCAUGCAUCUGGCUAUGCUGGAGGGGUUUGAGGACAGUGUGGAGGCUCAAGGGGAGCUCAUUCUUCAGGACAGUUUCCAGGUUUGGGAUCCUCGCUCUCUGAUCAGGAAGGGACGAGAUCGACAUCUCUUUCUUUUUGAGUUUUCAUUGGUCUUCAGUAAAGAGAUCAAGGACACAGCUGGACGGACAAAGUACCAGUACAAAAACAGACUACUGACAUCUGAGUUGGGGAUAACCGAACACAUUGAAGGAGACCCAUGUAAAUUUGCUCUCUGGUCAGGAAGAACCCCAUCUUCUGAUAACAAAACUGUGCUAAAGGCCUCUACUAUAGAAGCAAAGCAAGAGUGGAUAAAGAACAUCAGGGAGGUGAUCCAGGAGAGGAUGACCCUGAAGGGAGCACUGAAGGAGCCUCUGCACUUGCCCAAAACACCAGCACUAAGCAAACCCAGAAACAAGAGGGAGGGAGUAGAAGAUGGAGACAGUCAAGGGGACGGCAGCAGCCAGCCAGACACCAUCUCCAUCGCCUCUAGGACAUCCCAGAACACGGUGGACAGCGACAAGCUCUCUGGAGGUUGUGAGUUGACAGUGGUUCUUCAGGACUUCACAGCCGGUUGCAGCACAGAGAUGUCUGUCAGCACAGGUCAGACUGUGGAGCUGCUGGAGCGGCCCAGUGAGCGACCCGGCUGGUGUCUGGUGCGGACCACUGACCGCAGCCCCCCUCAGGAGGGACUGGUGCCCAGCUCCGCCCUCUGUGUGUCCCACUCACGCUCCAGUGUGGAGAUGGACUGCUUCUUCUCAGGAAAAGAAAACUAUCCAUCCGAUGUGAAGACUGAAUCUGUGGCCAACCUACAGCCCCAGCCGUCCCUCAGCUCUCUGCACUCCAGCUCUCCAGGGCCCAAACGCUCAGGGAACACUCUGAAGAAAUGGUUCAGCCCGGUACGACGUCUCAGCAGUAGCUCUGUCAAGAAACUACCCAACAACAAACAGAAGAAGACUGGUACAGGCAUUGGUAACGAGGGCUUUGAGCACAGACAGAAUAUUGCUCUGCAGGAUGAUAUUAUCGAUGAGACGGCCAAAGAGGCUAAUUUGUCGAAGUCUGGGAUGCAGAGCGGUGGAGAGGAGGACCAGGAUGAAGAGACAGCCACCCCACUGCCUCCCCCUAUGGACAUAAUCAAAGACCCUUCUGCCCCAGAUGACAAGUCCUCCACCCUACUCACAUCCAUGCAGCCCUCCUCUGAGGUCCCCAGUGCUGCUGAGCUGGUUAGCGCCAUAGAAAAACUGGUUAAAACCAAAAUGCCCCUGGAGUCAGGAUCAUACCCGGUUUUCCCAUCCCUGUCACCUCCAGAACAGACUACACCAGUCCAGCCUCGAAAUCCUGAGCUGGAGCAGAGAGCCAAGGCCAUGAGGGGGCGAAUGUUUGUCUUGAAUGAGCUUGUUCAAACAGAAAAGGACUAUGUCAAAGACCUUGGAACAGUAGUGGAGGGCUUCAUGAAGAGGAUAAAGGAGAAAGGUGUUCCUGAAAACAUGGAAGGCAAAGAUAAGAUUGUUUUUGGGAACAUCCACCAAAUCUACGAGUGGCACAAAGACUAUUUUGUGGGAGAGUUGGAAAAAUGUUUGGAUGACCAUGACCACCUUGCUGAACUCUUUAUCAAACACGAGAGACGGCUUCACAUGUAUGUAAUCUACUGCCAGAAUAAACCCAAGUCAGAAUUUAUUGUAGCAGAAUAUGAUACCUAUUUUGAUGGAAUCCAGCAAGAUAUCCAGUCAAGGUUAAGCAUCAGUGAUUUUCUUAUAAAACCCAUCCAAAGAAUCACUAAAUAUCAGCUGCUAUUAAAGGACUUUCUAAAGUAUAGCUUAAAGGCUGGAAUGGACUGUGAACAAACUGAGAAAGCUGUAGACAUAAUGUCCCAGGUUCCUAAACUUUGCAAUGACAUGAUGAAUUUGGGUCGACUGCAAGGUUAUGAGGGCAAACUUACCAAUCAGGGCAAACUGCUGCAACAGGAGACCUUCUUUGUGACAGAGCAGGACACUGGGGUACUGUCCCGCUCCAAAGAACGCCGUGUUUUCCUCUUUGAGCAGAUCGUCAUCUUCAGUGAGUUGCUCCGGAAAGGCUCCUCCAUACCUGGAUACCUGUUCAAAAAGAGCAUUAAGGUGUCUUACUUGGGUUUGGAGGAGAGUGUGGAUAAUGACCCUUGUAAGUUUGUGCUAUUGUGUCGUGGGACAUCUGAGCGCUUCACUCUUCAGGCAGCUAAUGUUGAAAUCAAGCAGGUCUGGGUCCAGCACAUAAAAGAGCGCUUGGAAUAUCAAAUCUCAUUGCUAAAUGCACUACAGUUCCCCCUUACGUACCAGAAUGAGAAGGGCUCUCUAAACAGAAAUCGCUCGACCUCCAGCAGUCAACAGGGCUCCCACAGCCGCCCCUCGUCUGCAGUGGGCCUUAGUGACAAAGACGUGGACAGGGGCAAGAGCCAGAUCAAACUGUCUACCUCCAACGGGGGCUCGUGUUUCACUCCCAGGGACAGUGAUGGCGGCUGUAAUGGCGUCUCGUCCACCAUGUUGGUCACUCAGGAUUACUCUGCACUCAAGGAGAAUGAGAUCAAUGUGACUCAAGGAGAGGUGGUCCAAGUCUUGGCUACUAACCAGCAGAACAUGUACCUGGUUUAUCGUCCUGCCAAUAGCCAGUCCCCCGCUGCGGAGGGCUGGGUCCCAGGACAUGUGCUCGGCCCGGUCACCAAGCCCCUCAGAGACUCUUCUUCUGCCUGUUCCUUCUCCACAGCAGUGGCCGACGCAAACAAUAUCAAAAAGUCAUUAUCAUGGAACACACUGCGCGCCAGGAAGCGCGCCGAAGCCAAAGAUGUUGCUCCUCUGGGGGUGAGGGGUCAAGAGAACGGACUUGUCCGUAAACCCAAAGAAACCACACCCCCUUCGUCAAUGGGGUCUCCCGCCACCAAGGCCAAGGGCAAAGAUGUUCAUACAUCAGAUGAGUCAGAUUGUGAAGAUGACCUUGACCCAAAAACAGGCAUGGAGCUUCUCAACCCCAACUUCAUUCAGAAAGUGGCCCCUGAGUUCCUGGUGCCUUUGUCCGAUGUGGUGUGUGCGUUCGGAGAGACGGUGGUUCUCUGUUGUAAAGUGUGUGGGCGUCCCAAACCUACCAUCACAUUGAAGGGCCCUGACCAAAGCCCAGUCACCAGCAACAGCCGAUUCACUAUUGAAAUAAGGGACACUGGGGAUAUCCUCUUAAAAGUGUGUAACCUGAUGCCUCAAGACACAGGCAUUUACACAUGUGUCGCAGUCAACGAUCAUGGUUCGGCCUCAUCUUCUGCCUCCAUUAAAGUUCAAGGUAUCCCAGCAGCCCCAGGGAGACCCGUGGCACAGGAGGCAAGCAGCACCUCAGUCAUGCUGCACUGGCCUCCACCAGCUUCAUCUGCCCACAGUGCUGUGAGCAGCUACAAUGUAGAGUACCGCCAAGAGGACUCGUUUUUAUGGCAGCAGGUGGCCAGCAGUCGAGAGGAGUGCGUUCAAAUAGACACACUGAUCCCAGGUGGACAUUAUCAGUUCAGAGUGCGUGCCUCAAAUCGUUGGGGAGUUGGACCUCCAUCUGAGCCCUCAAAUAUGGUCACAUUACCCAGUGGAAAUGCUACUUAUGAUGGAGCUGCAAUUCAAUGGAAAGAAAACUUUGAGACAUCGUUUUCUGAAAUCUCAGAAAUUGGCAGGGGAAGAUUUUCUGUGGUCCGAAAAUGUCAUAACAAAUCUACAAAGAAAGAGGUUGCUGUUAAAUUUGUCAGCAAGAAAAUGCUGAAAAAAGAGCAGGUGGCUCAUGAAGCGGACAUCUUGCGUCAGGUACAGAGUCACCAGGUGGUGGCGCUGUUGGAUGCAUAUGAGUCCUCCACAUAUCUCAUGCUGGUCUUAGAGUUACUGGAAGAUGGCCGUUUAUUGGACUAUCUGGUUGCUCAUGAUGAGUUGAUGGAAGAGAAAGUUGCCUUCUUCAUCAGAGAAACACUGGAGGCACUGCAGCACCUUCACACCUGUAGAGUUGCCCACCUCGAUUUAAAGCCCGAGAACAUCAUGGUGGAUUUGCACUCCCAGACUCCAGGUGUGAAGCUCAUAGACUUUGGUGAUGCCGUGCAUCUGAUCGCUCAUCGGCGAUACGUUCACCUGCUGCUGGGGAAUCCAGAGUUCGCAGCCCCAGAACUGAUCCGUGGGACCCCCGUCUCUGUGUCCACUGAUGUGUGGAGUAUAGGGGUCCUGGCCUAUGUCCUGCUCAGCGGAGUCUCCCCUUUCCUGGACGAGUCUCCAGAGGAAACCUGUGUCAACAUCUGCCGCCUGGAUUUUUGCUUCCCGGACGAGUACUUCCGGGAUGUGAGUCAGGCUGCCAAGGAUUUUGUUACGUCCGUGCUCCAACAGGAUCCCAGAAAACGGCCCAGUGCCACAUCCUGUUUGCAGCACCCAUGGGUGGGCCGAGGGGGUGUCCAUGGUGGAGAGUACUCUAAGACUCCUCUGGACACAACACGCUUGUCCACUUUUAUAGACAGAAGAAAGCAAUUGCAUGAUGUCCGACCUGUCACUAAUAUUAAAGGUCUGGUCAGCAGCAGUAUGGGCAACACACUGUGAAUGUUCUUAAGACAUUUGUAAUUAUAUUUAUCUUAAAUUAUGUUUUCAUAUUUAUCGAUUAGAAAGAAUUGGAAAAUUCAUGAGCCAUCUUUUGAACCAAUCUGCUGACAUUAAAAGUAUGAUGGAUCUCUUCCGUACGAGAACCAAUUCUUUGUGUAAGUUGAGGCUGUGCCUUGACGCAUCCUAUUUGAACCAGUUGAAACUGUAAUCCCCUUUUUUAUUUAGUCCAAUUUCAAUCAAUGCAAUGUCAAAUUCAUUACCUAAUAUCAUUAGAGUUUAACUGUACAUAUAUAAAGCUUGAAUCUAUAGGUAAAGCCAUAGCAACAUUUCCUUAGAUGCCUUUUGAACAUCACGUAUUUUCUUUUCUGUUGCAUCUUGAAUACUCAAGAACACUGGAUAUCUUUAGCAGAUAGACUGUUGACUGCACUGUGCAGCAGCAAUCAUGUUAUACAAAAUGUUGAUGGCUUGGUGUUAACAUCUGAACCGUGCUGGACUACUAACAACAUUAACAACAACAAAUCCCUGAAAUCACUGGAUUUGCAAGAGUAGGAAUGAGCACAGGAUUGUUGCAAAAGAAGAUACAAGAACUUGUUUGUUGUUUACAGAAACUUUGUACAAUAAUCAUUGUCAUGUACAGUAGACUAAUCAGGGAAACCUGCAUGUGAACUCACCAGGGAUGUUUAGAAUUCAGGUUAGAAAAUACAGUCAUUCUUUUGAGCUAAAGCUUAGUAAUGUGGACUUGCUUGUAUAUUAGUGGCUGCCAUUCAUUCAGAUUAUGUAACUUUUACUGGGGAGGACACAAGCACUCCUCUGUCUCCUGCAUCUUUUUACUGAUGAAUGUAAGUCUUUUGUAAUUUGUAGAAUGUGUUUCCAUCCAAAGUGCUGUCUGCUCAAUACUGACUUCUCACAGAUCGACUCUUUAGCUGUUAUUGUGCUGCUUUACUGCUCAAACUGACAUUUUGCGAUGUACAAUAGCACGCUUUUAUGUGCCACUGGUGGUUUCAAAUGGACAAUAUUCAUGGCAACAAACAAAAUACGAACUGGAGAGGUGGCAUCAUGAUUCACAUAAAAAGUAUAAAGUUUGGUUUAAAUAACACGGCAUGCAAUAAGUCAAAAUUAUCAAUAUGUUUAUCAGUUUAUGUAUACAUUAUUAAGUUAACCCCAUUGGCAAUUAUCACACAAGUUAAGAAUCUAUUUUAUCACAAAAAAUAAGACAGACCAGGAGUGAGUUUUUGGCUCCUAAUAGUUGCCUGUAAGUAUGUUAACUUAAAGACUACUACAUAGAAAAAAAGAACAAAGUUAGAAGAGCUGAAUGUACAGUAGCUACUGUAAAGUCCAAUAUAUUCAAAGCUUUGCUCCAUACAAUCCAUUCAAAUCUUUGAAUGUUGCUCCAGAAUUUAGCUUAAUUGAACUCUAAUUUACUUCUACAGUCUGGAAAAAUGUGGACCGUAAAUACUAGUAUUAAAGUGUUUAAUUUAAAACUUGUAAUGAUAUAUUUAUUGUGACUUUAUUGUCUUAUUUUUAUGUUCAUUUCUUUUUCAAACAUGCACUUCUAAUGUGGCUUUUUUUGUGUUUUCCAAGUCCAUUGAUGCAUUUCUAGGAUUACUGUAAAGUGCUGUUCAUGCUGAUCUGUCCGUAGAUGCUGCUGUAGUAUAAGGCCCCCCCCGAUCAAACCCAUGUUUGUUACUAUUUACUAAUAAACAACCUGCUUGUUUCUAUGGGGUCUUCAUUUC